AGGCGGAAGUGCGGCCUCUUCCUGCGGCGGAACGGCUUGGAGAAGAUGAAGCUCAACAUUUCUUUCCCAGCCACUGGCUGCCAGAAGCUCAUUGAAGUGGACGAUGAGCGCAAGCUGAGAACAUUCUAUGAGAAGCGGAUGGCCACAGAGGUCGCAGCUGAUUCUCUUGGUGAGGAGUGGAAGGGAUAUGUUGUCCGUAUCAGUGGUGGCAAUGACAAACAGGGUUUCCCCAUGAAGCAAGGUGUUCUGACCCAUGGACGUGUCCGCCUUCUGCUCAGCAAGGGCCACUCCUGCUAUCGUCCCAGAAGAACUGGAGAGAGAAAACGCAAAUCUGUUCGUGGUUGCAUCGUUGAUGCCAACCUGAGUGUUCUGAAUUUAGUCAUAGUAAAAAAGGGUGAAAAGGAUAUUCCUGGGCUGACAGACACAACUGUGCCCCGGCGUCUUGGUCCCAAGAGGGCAAGCAGAAUACGUAAACUCUUCAACCUCUCCAAGGAGGAUGAUGUUCGCCAGUAUGUUGUGAGGAAGCCCCUGAACAAGGAGGGCAAGAAGCCCAGAACUAAGGCUCCAAAGAUACAGCGAUUAGUGACUCCUCGUGUUCUGCAGCAUAAGCGCAGGCGCAUUGCGCUGAAGAAACAGCGCACUCAGAAGAACAAGGAGGAAGCAGCAGAAUAUGCAAAGCUCUUGGCCAAGAGAAUGAAGGAGGCUAAGGAGAAACGCCAGGAGCAGAUUGCAAAGAGGCGCCGUCUUUCUUCCUUGAGAGCUUCUACAUCUAAGUCUGAGUCAAGUCAGAAGUAAAGAUGUACAUGAUGCUAAAAAUAAACCCUUUUCGUGGCUAACUUCCCAUAU